UCGAUAACCUGUGUUUAUAUUUUUCUUCCAGCUGACAGGCGGUAAAUUUUGGAAUUGUGGUUAAUUCGGUGGAGCGCGGAACUUUCGAUGAAAACAAGAAGAUGGAGCAGCACAAGAGUCGGCUGGUUUACACCAUCGGCAUGCUCACACUGUUCCUGAGCGGGGCCGUGUUUUUCCUGAUCGGCUUCUUCCCGGCCUCCUAUUCUAUGGCGGAGGACCCGGGCACCGUGCCCGGUGGCAGGCCCACAACUUUGCACGGCGUUGAACUGACGCCCCCGCCACCUGCCUACGGUUCCUUCAUACUGUUCCUGGUCGAUGCGCUGCGCGACGACUUUCCCGAUGCCACGUCCAUGCCGGUGGCUCAUUCUAGGGCCUGCGAGAAGCUCACCCUCCAUGUGGACAUACCGACGGUGACGAUGCCACGCCUGAAGAGCAUCACCACCGGCACCCUGUCCAACUUCAUCGACAUUGCCCUGAACGUGGGCCACACGGAGCAGCUGCAGGACUCCUUGUUGCACCGCCUGAAUCAACGGAACAAGGUGGUUUCCUUCGCCGGUGACCACACCUGGGUAAAGCUCUUUCCCAGCGAGUUCACGCGGCAUGCCGACAACCACGAUUCCUUUUACGUAAACGAUUUCUAUGAGGGCGAUAGAAAUGUGACCACUACACUAGAAUCGGAGUUGGAGCUCAGCGACUGGUCUCUGCUCAUUCUACACUAUCUGGGCCUGGACCACAUUGGCCAUGUUGAGGGCAACGCCAGUCCUCGGGUGCCCCUCAAGCUUAAGGAAAUGGAUGAGGCGGUGCAGAAGAUAUUGGACCACAAGAAUUUUCCCAACUAUUUCCUCAUGCUGACGGGGGAUCAUGGCAUGGCGGAUGGCGGAGGACAUGGCGGCAAUACACCAGCCGAAACUCUGGUGCCCCUAUAUCUGUAUUCAAACAACUGCAGCAAGGCCACAUCCGGCACAAAACGCUAUAACCAAAUUGACCUGGCGCCCACUCUGUCGGUGCUGCUGUCUGUUGAGAUACCCACUCCCUCCAUUGGCUGCCUGAUCCCAGAGAUGCUGCAGACGUUGCCCCUGGAGCACCAGAUGUACGCCUACUUCUACAACGCGCACCAUUUGCUCAACAAGGCGCGAGUGAAGUUCGGGCACGACAGGGUCCACCGGAGUGACUACUACACCUGGUAUCAGAAUGCCACCUUGUUGCACAAAAAGCUACUGCAGGAUAGUGGAGGUGGAGCUAGCCAGGUGUAUCAAGUCCAAGCCAAGCUCAACUACAUGCGGGUGGCCCGCGAAAUUUCCGGGCUGCUCUCCGAGUCCCUGGUAAAGUUUGACUACGGAUUUAUAGCGUUAGGACUCGCCUUGACCACAGCGACAUCCCUUCAUAUUGUGAUCAGCGUGCUGUACUUGGAUCUCACAGAGCAGCUUCAGCUGGACAGCUUAAAAGCGGGGCAGUUUUUGGUUUCUGCGGUUGCGGCUGUGCUUUUAAAUGUGACUAGCCAUGCUUUGGACAUCAUCCUGACCAGUUCCAUGCUCCAGAGCGUUCUACUAACGAUACCCAUUGCCAUCGCUGUUUAUCUAACAAUCGAUGUGGCGCAGGCGCUGCUUAAGAUUGCACUACCUCCGCUAUACACACGUCGCCUGAGGAUCUCCAUUCCGUUGCCGAUACCUCUGCUAGUUUGUUUUGCUAUUCGCACCCUGACUCUUGGUUCCUCCUCGUUCAUUGAGUUCGAGUAUAAGACCUGGUAUUACCUGGGUAAUACCCUCAUCCUGCUGACAGCCUUUCGAACGCUGCGACGGCGCAUCACCAAAACCAAUGUGGAACUGGAUGGCCGGCAUCUGUACACCGUCGCAUCGACAUGUCUGUGGCAGAUGCGCAAAGUGUUCGUGAUGCUCAUGCUGCUCACACUGAUGCGCUACAUCCACAGGCUGCAAGCCAUCAGGAGCACCAUCAUGAUAUUCUCCCUGCUGCUGCUCUGGGCACGCCUUCACCGUCACAGCCAGUUGCCGCAGUCGGUGGCCAGUGGUGCAGCUUUGUGUAUGGUUUACUGCUUUCGCGGACUAAACGGCCAGGUGCAUUUCUUCGAGAUGCCUCCGUAUAUGGCAGCAAAACUCAUGGUGCCCACGUUGGUGGUGUUCUGGUGCUGCCUGGCCUUGGUUCUAGUGCUGGGUUAUAGGGCGGCGCUGCCUCAAACGCAAAGGUUCGCUGAUGAGCCGCCCACGGUCGCGUUGCUGCAGUUGCUCCAGACGAACCUGACCAGCUCCCUGCUGCUGGCUGCUCUUUUGCAGAAGGUUCCGAAUAUCCUACUGUUGCCCAUGCUGCUCGUGGCCCUGCAGCAAACCUAUAAGCUGUGCGAUGUUUUCGGGACCAGUGCCCGCAAGUUCUCUGUGCGGUUGGUGCAUGUGUACAAGAUCAUCAUGACCAUAUUUCUGGCCAGGAUGUUCUUCUUCUUCCAGGGCAACUCGAACAGCUUGUCCACCAUUGACCUGACGCCCGGUUACAUCGGGCAGACUAGUUACAACCCGGCCGUCGUGGGCCUCUUCGUCACCCUCAACACGUUCGGUGCCGAGAUUCAUGCAUUCCUAUAUCUAGUUGUCCAUACGCUGCGCUCGGAUCUGCGUAGUGUGGGCAUCAUGCAGCUGCAGCCGCCAUACUCCAUCGCCGCAGAUUCACUGAUAGCUCCGCUCUACGCCGCGCUGGUCAUGUUGCCUGCGGCCUUCUACCUCUGCCUGAUGGUUGGCUUUCGCUACCACCUCUUCAUCUAUUCCGUCUUUUCCCCAAAAGUACUCUACGACUGUUACACUGUUCUGGUGUUUUAUUUGGUAUUUUUAGUAACGAGUUUGUACUUUAAAUUGUUUAAACAUGACGCUUAAAUAAGAAUUAAUUUAAAAACGCUUAA